AUGUCUGGACAAGGAAAGAAAAAAGCAGUGGCUGACAAACCUGGAACUGCAUCAAGGAGAAGCAAAUCAGUGAAGGCAGGUCUGCUGUUUCCUGUGGGUCGUGUCCAUAGACUCCUCCAGAGAGGGAAUUACGCUGCCAGGAUUGGUUCUGGCGCUGCCAUCUACCUGACUGCAGUAAUUGAGUACAUGAUAGCAGAGGUCCUGGAGGCGGCAGGGAUUGCUGCACGUGAAAACAAGAAAAAAAGGAUCCUGCCCAGGCACAUUGUGCUGGCUGUGAGAAUGGACAAUGAGCUGGACAAGUUCUGUGCCUGUGUGACCAUUGCUCAAGGCGGGGUUAUGCCAAAUAUCCUUCCCCAGCUCCUUCCCAAGAAAACCAGCAGAAAUGCUGCUCCUUCUCAGGAACAAGGUGGUAGCCAGUGA